GAGAAGAAAUACCGUUUUCAAAAUCAGGUAGACAAGAUGAAAGAAAAAGUGAAGAACGUGGAAGAAAGAUCUAAAGAAUUUGUCAAUAGAGUUGAAGAAAAAAGCCAUGAUCUCAUUCAGAAAUGGGAAGAAAAGUCUAGGGAGUUUAUUGGCAACUUCUUAGAACUAUUUGGACCAGAUGGAGCUUGGAAGCAGAUGUUUCAAGAGAGGAGUGGGCGCAUGCUUCAAGCCUUAUCUCCAAGGCAAAGUCCCACAAGCAGUCCAACACGGGGACGUUCCCCAUCACGUUCCCCAUCUCCUCCUUCCCCUUGGCUCUUCAGAAAAGCUUCACCGCCUUCUUCCCCAAAGGUUGCCUCAGCAUCCAUUAGCAGUAUGAGUGAAGGUGAUGAGGAUGAGAAGUAAAAAAGAAAAAAAAAGGUAGUAAAACAAAGAAGAAAUAUACCAGUUCAAACUACAAGAAAGAAAAUGAUGCAUGAGAUGUUUCUGAAAAAGAAAGUUAUUGAGAUUAUUGGAGCACUGAAGAUAUCAACUAUAAAGUAGUAUUUGCCAAAGGACAGCCUGUCAAAAAAGUCACAUAUGAUGACAGAAUAUGUAACAACUUGACAUUAUUUCCCAACAGUUAUGAAUACUUUUUAUGCUAUUGCAGCUUUUGCUGCUUUAAGCUAAUGGACUGUUUUGAGGAUUGUUUAUUGAAAGGUUAAUUUGGCAAAUGAUGUUAUUUUUGGAUUCUUUUUGGUUAGAGAAGGCACAUUUAAAUUUGAACAACACUGCACUCUACUAAAAAGUUGGAUCUAACACGAAUAAAUUGAAGUACUGCCUAGAAACAGCAGACGCUCCUACGGUGCCAGGAAACACUCAAAUAAAAUCAUGCUAUUAGAAUUAAGCUCUGUUUUUCACAGUGGACACAAUAUAGUUCUACUGAAUUUAAUUAAUAUUGCCUAUUGAGCAGGCUUUUGUACACACCAGAGAAAGUUAUUUAAUGUGAAAAAUUGGUGGGUUCAGUUUUAUUACUAUAUGUCCUCUAAAGCUAUUUUUUUUCUUUUUACAAUUAUUAUUCAACAUGAUUUUAUAUCUGGUGAAUUUGGUAAAUUGACUCACAGAGCAUGGUUCAAUGUUUAUAUCAUACACUAUCAUUUAAAACAAUUUUUCCAUAUAACGGAGAAGAACCCAAGUGGAUAAUACAUACCAUUUAUUAUUUCAGAUAAAUAAACCUGGAAGAAGUCAAGGGUAGCAUGAGUGCUGUCCCAUUUUGAUAAAAUGUUUGGUAAUGAGCAUGUAAUUCCAUUGAGAAUCUAUGUGUAAUUUUUCUAUAGAAGCAAAGCAUUAUAUUACAACUGACUUUUUAUUGUCAAAAUAUCAUAUUAGAUUUCAGUGGCCAACUUUUCAGCAAUUACAAGAGCAGUUUGUUUUCUGCAUAUGGACUUAAUAAAACAUAUUUUUUGUUUUAUAUGCUGUUAUGUACUCUAGAACAGUUUCCCCCAACAUUUCCAACUUUGUGAACUGAUGGGAGGGGCCGGCAAGCACGCGCAGCUCCAUUUGCACAAGCAAGGUGUCAGGGUUCCAAAUAGCAUCCAAAAUUAAAUC